AUGUUUUCAGUUUUUAAGAUACCCAACAGUAGUGUCGAUGUUGUUGUUGUUGCUGUUGUUGUUGUUGUUGUUGUUGUUGCUAUUAGCGAUGCCGAUACCAAUGGUUUUAUUCUCAAAAACAGAAAGGAAAAUGAAGCAUCAUCAUCAUCAUCAACAUCAUCAUCAUCACCAUCAUUAUCAUCAUCCGUAAGUCCGAAUAGCGAUCGGAUUGAUGGAUGA